AUGCUUACAGAGAAUCCAAAGCCUAUUAAGACUGCAAAUGAGCACAAAGAGAGCAAUGAUGCAGACAAAGAAGUGACAAACAAUAUAGCUGCGCAAACAUUCACCUUCAGGGAACUAGCUACUGCCACAAAGAAUUUCCGACAAGAAUGUCUGAUCGGUGAAGGUGGUUUCGGUAGGGUUUACAAGGGAAAGCUCGAAAAAUGUGGCAAGAUUGUGGCAGUGAAGCAAUUAGAUAGAAAUGGGCUGCAAGGGAACAAAGAGUUCAUCGUAGAGGUUUUAAUGUUAAGUCUUUUGCAUCACAAGCAUCUCGUGAAUCUCAUAGGUUAUUGUGCUGAUGGAGACCAGAGACUUCUUGUCUAUGAGUACAUGUCUCGUGGCUCACUGGAAGAUCAUCUCCUCGAUCUAACUCCGGAUCAAAUACCGUUGGAUUGGGACACAAGGAUAAGAAUCGCACUAGGUGCUGCGAUGGGACUUGAAUACUUGCACGACAAGGCAGAUCCUCCGGUGAUAUACAGAGAUUUGAAAGCAGCUAAUAUACUUUUGGACACUGACUUCAACGCCAAGUUAUCCGAUUUUGGGCUUGCCAAGCUAGGUCCUGUCGGAGACAAACAACAUGUCUCUUCCAGAGUUAUGGGAACUUACGGAUACUGUGCUCCUGAGUAUCAGCGAACCGGUCAGUUAACCAUUAAAUCUGAUGUUUACAGCUUCGGAGUCGUCUUGUUAGAGUUGAUAACCGGACGACGAGUUAUUGAUACGACUAGACCCAAAGCUGAACAGAAUCUAGUGACUUGGGCACAACCGGUGUUCAAAGAACCGAGUAGAUUCCCGGAGUUAGCGGAUCCGAGUCUGGAGGGAGUGUACCCGGAGAAAGCUCUGAAUCAAGCGGUGGCGGUGGCAGCAAUGUGUUUACAUGAAGAGGCAACGGUACGGCCACUCAUAAGUGACGUUGUAACCGCUCUCGGUUUCUUAGGAACAGCUCCUGACGGAUCCAUCUCAGUUCCAAACUACGACGACGUUCCUCCUCCUCGUCAAAUGCCGGAUCAAACUCCCUGCGAGGAUCCAGUGUCGGCGGAAGAACGGGAGAGAGCAGUGGCAGAGGCCAUGGAAUGGGGAGUUGCUUCGAGAGCACAUUCUCGAAACCCAAGCGCAGCUAAUUCUCGGAACCCAAGUGCUGCUCCAAGUGCAGCACAUUCCCGUAACCCAAGUGCUUCUUGA